AUGUCCACCCCAAACGAUCUCCAGGCCCUGCUGGCUAGCAUUCGUCCUCGGCCAAACGGUGCCAGCCAGCAAAAUGGUGCUAGCCAGGAAAACCUGCAUUACCCGAGGCCCCAACAGGCACAGCAGCAUCCUUAUCCCCAUGGCAUGUUUCCGCCGCAUCCUCAGCAGCAGCCCCAGCCCUAUGAUGGCCAGAGCUUGCCCCAUCCUCAGUUGCACGGUUAUCGCCAUCCCUCGGUCUCUUCUGCUCUGCAAAGCCCUUCUCCUGCGAAUACCCCACCUCAUCAUGGUUCCGAUAUUCUCAGCCCCAAUCUGCCGACUCCCCGAGCCGAUUGGCAACAUCAGCAGCAGCAGCAACACUAUCAGCAGCAGCAGCAGCAGCAGCAGCAGCAGCAGCCAUACCCGUCGCCGACUUCCCGUCAGCCAAGCAACCAGGACAGUGCCGCCAGCUUGCUCAAUUUGCUGAGGUUCAGUCAGGGCUCGGGAGCUUCUCCCCAGCCUGCCACGAUGACUCCCGAGCAAGCUCGAUCGCCUGUCCCAGAGCAUCCCUCGUCGCACCCCUCGUCGCACGGACGAAAUAUUUCCGCGUCUGACUUGGUGGCAUCUCUCUUUGGCCAGAAGCCUGUUCCCGCAGAGCCCAUGAACGGGCCUGCUGCCGCACCGGCACCAGCCUUUGUGCAGCCAACUGAGCCAGAGGGUCCGAGCGAAAACACCCAGGACAUGUUGCUGCGUCUUCUCAAUCGAGCCCAGCCCAGCUCUGCUGCGACACAGGCACCCGAGUUGGUCCCCAGUGUUCAGUCCCCUCCUUCGCAACGUGGUUCCGAUGGGCCCGUGUCGCGCAGUGGUCGCGACAGUAUUCUCAUGGAGAUUGUGGAUGCCUCCCCUGCCGAGAUUGCAGUGACGGAGACUGUCGCGUCUCCCGUGAAGGAUUCCAAAUUCACCUAUGUCAAUCCCUUUGACCAGCUCGCCGCGAUGUCGCCGCGCAACAGCUCCCCACAGCCCAAGUCCGAUAAUGAAGGUCCGUCUGUGGAGGUGACGAAGAAGGAAAAAGUCAACAUCUCAGCUACCAUUGAGCCUACUGUUACUGUUCCCGCUCCUCGACCCUCGAUGGCUCGUCCCAAGCGCCCUAAGUCUCCAAUUUUGCUCCCCGAGCAGCGCGAGGCUAUGAACGACGUCGUCAGCCGUCUGGUUGAUGAAAUUGGGCGAAGCAUCCACGGUACUGGAACGGCUGACCAGGAAGCUGUGGUAGAUGUUGAAAUCCCAUCUACCCAGCAAAAUGGAUCCAAUGACCUGAUGGCAGCUCUGCGCAACCAUAUGCGUGACACUGUCUCUCGUGCUGAGGAACUUCGUGCUGAGGUUGAGGCCCAAGCUGCUGAAGCGCCCAUGGAGCCUGACACUGCUCCUGAGCCUACCAAGGCCGUCGAGACCGAACCGGAAGCUGUUUCGACUCCAGCUGUAAAGCUUAACAACGAAACUGCCGAGGCCCUUCUUGACAGCUGGGAAAGUGCCGAGGACAGUGCUGAGAAGGAGGAAGAACGUGUUGUCACUGUUCACAACUUCCCUCUGAAGCCUUUCAUUUCCAUCACCGUGAAAUCCUCAGUUGGCAAACUUGUAGACUUCCGCGAUGAUGGAAUCAUGGAUAUUGCCCGGCUCAAGAAGGAAUUCGAUCAGCUGGAUCGUUCGCUGACCGCUGCCACUUCGGAUUACAUCGUUUAUGCUCUGGCGAAAACCGGAGGUAUUCGAAUUAUCCGCCAAGACGACGGUAGUGACCGGCAGGUGUUCCGUGCCACUCGUGAUCGGGUCUUCAACGUCGCCCUUUGCACAAACCAUGCGACUUCUGGCCAAUCUGACGUUCAAGCCAUUCUUGGUAUUGCUGUCAGCGGCACUGUUUACUGGGCUCUGAUCUCUCGUGCGGGCAAGGAUCUGUUCGAGCUCGAUGCUCUGGAGAGCGAAAGCUUGAUUUUCCCCCCUUUCCCAGCCUCUGAUGAGAACACUUCUGGCGGCCAGCUGAAAACGCGCGCCAAGCGAAGCUCUCGUCACCCCGACCUCUUCGCCAUUGGUCGUGGGAAAAAUAUCUAUGUGAUCUCCCCCAAGGCGGCCAUGUCCCCCGCCUACGGUGUGUCUGGCUCUCAGCGCACUGUCAACACCGAGAAGUUUUUUAAGGAGCGCUCUCUGAAGAUCUCGACUGGCAAGGCUGGAAAGGACUUUGCCUUCAGUGACGAUGACACCGUCAUUGCUUCUCUCGACAAGACCGGCCGUCUUCGCUUCUGGGACAUCACCGAUAUUGCUGAGAAUCCUUCUCUGCUCGAGAGUCAAGCUCCCUCGGAGGUCCGAGUCCCUCUAAACACCUUCGUGACUGGCUCGCCAGCGGAAAAGUCGUGGCCGACCUCGGUCUUGUUCCUCGACAAGCUCCGUCCGUACUCGCGAGCAACUGCGCUGCGGUACAUACUAGUUGGCCUCAAGCAGAACCACACCUUGCAGCUCUGGGAUAUUGGGCUUGGUCAGGCUGUGGAGGAGGUCAAAUUCCCGCACGAAAAUGAGUCGGACGCGAUCUGUAGCGUUGUCUACCAUCCUUCGUCGGGCAUCAUCGUUAUCGGACACCCCACCCGCAAUUCGAUCUAUUUCCUUCAUCUCUCGGCGCCGAGGUACAAUCUGCCUCCCAUGUCCCAAGCAGCCUUCAUCAAGGCUGCCACCGAGAAGGAGAGUUUUACGAAGCCUGAAUCAACCGCCUGUCUUAGUGGGAUCAGAGAGAUCUCGCUCGAGUCCAAGGGUCAGCUUCGAAGCUUGGAGCUUUUGCCGAUCACCAAGUCUGCUGCUGACAAGCGUGGCGCCGAGGAAACCGGAUUGUUCGAGCUCUACGUUAUGCACUCGCGUGGCGUGACUUGCCUGAACAUCAAGAAGGAGGACUUGGGCUGGUCUGAGGAUAACAAAAUUAUCCGCGCCGUCGACGGUGUGGAAGCGGGCACUGUCUCAAUUUCUGAGCUUCAGACCUUCCCUAGUUACAUCGCCGACGAACCAUCAAUCAACGGCGACGCUGCAUCAAUCCAGUCACGCUCGGCCAAGGAGACUGUGACCAAGACGACAGACACUGCCGAGACUACUGCGGGUAUCAGUCAGCCACGCAAUGCCUCGCCGACUAAGCUCGCCAGCAAGAAGAAGGCUGUCGACAAGGUCGUCGAAGAGACCACUAAGGAUUCAAUCGAUACCGUCGGUGGCGCUGAGAAGGCGGACAAGAAAAAGAAAAAGAAGUCUGCUCCCGCUGUCACAGAGACCCCUGAAAAGGGCAAGGAAUCAGUUGGCAUGGGUGCUGUGGAGCCCGCGGGUACCAAGGACCACAAAACUGUUGUAUCAUCUGCCGUAUUGAGACCUUCGGUGGAGGGCCUUGAGGCCAAUAUCAAAUCUGGUCUAUCCAAUGGUGCUAGCCCCGAUGAAGUGUCCAACACAUCUCUUAGCAGCAUUCAAAACGCUGUUUCUCUUGAGAUUAACAAGAGUCUGAGCAGUCACUUCGAAGCUCUGAAUCGCCGGAUCAACGACGAACGACGCGGUUGGGACACUGCCUCAUCUGCGAAGCUGGAGAAAGUGCUUCGCCUAGUAUCCACCACGCUAUCGGAAGGCGUUGAGAAGACUAUGGCCAGUAUCAUGUCCACCAGUAUUCAAACCGAUGUUAUUCCCACUCUUAGCCAGGCUGCUACUGCCGCUGUUGAAAGGCAGCUUGGCUCUGCUGUUGAAAAGCAGCUUGGAGGCGCACUCAACGAUGGCCUGCGCCAAGCUUUGCCCAAGGCUGUGAACGCGGCCAUUCUGCAGCCUGCUGUCAUGAAAACCAUCUCCGAUUCUGUCAUUCAGAAAUUGUCAUCCAACAUUGACGCCGCUGUUCAAGCUGCUAUCUCGCCUCUGACUGACAAGGUCACUCGCGACCAUCAGAAGGUCGAAGCUGAGUUGGAGAGACAUUUCAGCGCUCAAUUACAGCAUUUUGAGGCUCAACGCCAGACCGAUCACGCGAAGAUUGAGCAGCUGUCGACGGCGCUGCAGGAUCUUUCUGGAAAGGUGACAGCACUUUUGGAACAACGAUCUACCAGUCAGCCUUCAGGUGACGAUGAGAUGACUGCUAUCAUGAGACUUUUCUUUGUAGAAGGCAACAUUGAAGCUGCGACACUCAAGUGGAUUGAAUCUUCUCAUCAAGCCGAUCUAUUCGAUAGUGUGUUUGUCCGUGUGGACCCAGAAUACAUGCUGAACCUCAGUGUCAUGUUGAACCUCUCGGUUGCUGUGGCCGUCACGGUCUCAUUGGACACGAACGUUGGCAAGCGUCUCAAGUGGUUGGAAACGACACUGACCGCAGUUGAUCUCGAAUCUCCACAGAAUGCCCAUUUGCGCAUGUCUCUUGUUAGAAACGAAGAUUUGCGCCAAGUCGUACCGUUGGCGAUGAACAAGCUCGGCCAACGCCUGCAUGCCUUUUACAUGACCGCUACCCAGGACAAUCCCAACAGUCCAAGCCCUGCUCUCAUUGAUUGGCUUGUUCGCCUGAUGCACUUCACACGCAAGAUCAUGAGUCAAUACGCGGCUCCCGCUUAA